AAUGGAUAGAGAUGGAUCCCCACGUCAGCUUGUAAGUCUAAGGAUUUCUGCUCCAGCAGUCUGCCUCAAAGUGACUGGAGCGCAGCGCCGCGCAGGAACAAUGCGAGGAUUAUUUUAGGACGUUUCCAAAGGCAGAAUAUGGAUUUUGAUGAGCGGAUCUCUGGCUCUAGUAUGUAUUUACCGAGCUGCACUUACUACGUCCCCGGAGCAGACUUCUCGGGUCUCCCUCAUUAUUUAACCCAGAGCCAGUCCUCUUGCCCCAUGACAUACUCCUACCACCAGUCCUCAGCGCUGCCACAGGUCCCGUCCGUCAGAGAUGUGGCUUUCAGAGACUAUGGCAUUGAUUCUUCCAGUAAAUGGCACCACGGCAGGGGGAGCCUGUCACACUGCUACACGGAGGAUAUCAUGCACAGGGACGGCUGGACAAGCCCGACCUCACGUGGGGGAGAGAUUCUGGUGAAAGGCGGCUCCAGCGCCAGCCACCCCAGCUUCUCCAACCCGGCGCCGGGCUUCCACGGCAGCGUCGGCAGGAACGGCGUCCUGCCGCAGGCGUUCGACCAGUUCUUCGACACGGCCUACGGGGGCGCGGAGAGCAGCACAACACCGACAGCACAGGCGACGGACGCGGACAGACACGCGGCCAAAGCGAGCCCCGCGCCGGCGCACGCAGGCUCGGACACGGCGGAGAGCUGCAGCCCCAAGUCGUCCCCCGGCCACAGCGAGGAGAAGCAGAGCAAAGGCAGCAGUGGCCAGAGGACGCGCAAGAAGAGGUGUCCGUACUCCAAGUAUCAGAUCAGGGAACUGGAGAGGGAAUUCUUCUUCAGCGUUUACAUCAACAAGGAGAAGCGGCUGCAGCUCUCGCGGAUGCUCAAUCUCACAGAUCGCCAGGUGAAAAUCUGGUUUCAGAACAGGAGGAUGAAGGAGAAGAAACUAAGCAGGGACCGUUUACAGUACUACACCACGAACCCCUUGCUAUAAAAAACAAACUGAACAAAGACAGUGACACUGGCUCGCAGCCAUGAACAAUGCUCCCCAUCAUGUAGACUUCACAUCUACAUCUUUACCAGGACAAAGGUGGCGAGUUUUUUAAUGUACCAGACUUCAUAAUGAAUUCUAUUUACACCCUUUUUGUCAUUAAACCCAUUUGCCUCUCUUAUUAUUAUAAUUAAUAUUAUUAUUAUUAAUAUUAUUAUUAUUAUUAUUAUUAUAUUUGGGGACUAUUAUAUUUCCAGAUUUUAAAGUUACGUGUUUGCGUAUUUGGAGUUUUUACGCGGAAACCAGUUGUGUCUGAAUUUACUUUCGCCUAUACUAGGCUUUUUAAACAGACGGGUGUAAGCGUACUGCAUUUUCAAAAAAAUGUUUUUCUCCUUGAAAUGAAACUUAAUUGUCCCCAGUGUACACAUGUACUGUACUGUAUUUUCAGCAAAUACGUUUUUCUAACCUCUUUUAAAUUAAACUUUCUCAAUUUUACGCACCCAUACGCACAACUUUUGUGGCCAAAAGCAUUGACAUGGCAUUAUUGUUCGUGUUUCCCCUCUCUCUCUCUCUCUCUUAAUCUUUUUAACUUUA